AUGGUCGCCACCAAGAUCGAUGGCACGGCCAUCGCCAAAAAGAUCCGGGACGGUCUGCGAACCGAGAUUGACGACAAGCGGAAGACCAAUCCCAGGUACCAGCCGUCUCUGAAGAUCAUCCAAGUUGGUGAUCGCACUGACUCUUCUACCUAUGUUCGCAUGAAGUUGAAGGCUGCCGAAGAAGCAGGAAUCCAAUGCGAGCUUCUCCAUUUCCCGGAAUCCAUCACCGAGUCUGAGCUGCUGGAUGAAAUUUUCCGCCUCAACCACGACUCCACCGUGCACGGCAUCCUCGUGCAGCUCCCUUUGCCCGCAAACAUCUCCGAGUAUGCUGUUACCUCAGCUGUCGCAUACGAGAAGGACGUCGAUGGCUUCGGUACCACCAACAUUGGCGAGCUGGCCAAGCGUGAUGGACACCCUCUCUUCAUCCCCUGCACGCCCAAGGGUGUCAUGGUUCUGCUGCAAGAGGCUGGCGUUGAGCUCAAGGGCAAGAAUGCUGUUGUCGUAGGACGAAGUGACAUUGUUGGUGCUCCUGUCAGCUACUUGCUCAGGCAUGCGGACGCCUCUGUCACCGUCUGCCACUCCAAGACGACCGACCUUGAGGCUCACCUCAAGGAGGCUGAUGUCGUUGUGGCAGCUAUUGGCCAGCCCGGCUUCAUCAAGGGCGACUGGCUAAAGCCCGGUGCUGUUGUCAUUGACGUUGGAACCAACUUCAUUCCUGAUGCCACCAAGAAGUCAGGAACCCGCCUGGUCGGAGACGUUGAAUUCGAGUCAGCCUCACAAGUCGCAUCACAAAUCACCCCUGUGCCUGGUGGUGUAGGACCCAUGACUGUUGCCAUGCUUCUCCAGAACGUUGUGGACUCGACCACCAAUUACUUCGAGCAGCAGAAGAACCGACGCAUCAUUGCCCUGCCCCUCAAGUUGCAGGACCCGGUACCUUCAGACAUCGCUGUGUCCCGAGCGCAGACACCGAAGAACAUCACAAGAGUUGCCUCCGAGGUCGGCAUUGCUCCCAAUGAGCUGGAGCCAUACGGUGCAUUCAAGGCCAAGGUUGACCUAACUCUGCUCAAGCGUCUGGAGCACAGGCGAAACGGCCGAUACGUAGUGGUCACCGGAAUCACCCCUACUCCUCUUGGAGAGGGAAAAUCUACCACUACUAUGGGACUUGCACAGGCUCUUGGAGCUCACGUUGGACGUCUCACCUUUGCCAAUGUCCGCCAGCCCAGCCAGGGACCUACUUUCGGUAUCAAGGGUGGUGCAGCAGGUGGUGGCUACAGCCAGGUCAUUCCCAUGGACGAGUUCAACAUGCACUUGACUGGUGACAUCCACGCUAUCACUGCGGCAAACAACCUCCUGGCUGCCGCUAUCGAGACCCGCAUGUUUCACGAGAACACACAGAAGGACGGCCCUCUCUACAGGCGAUUGGUGCCUGCUAAGAAUGGCAAGAGACAAUUUGCGCCGGUUAUGUUCCGUCGUUUGAAGAAGCUAGGAAUUGAGAAGACGAACCCGGACGAGCUGACCGAGGACGAGGUUCACCGAUUCGCUCGCUUGGAUAUAGACCCGGACAGCAUUACAUGGAGACGAGUUUUGGAUGUCAACGAUCGUCAUUUGCGAGGUAUCACAGUCGGAACCGCACCGACAGAGAAGGGCCACACCCGUGAGACAGGAUUCGAUAUCUCAGUCGCCAGUGAGUGUAUGGCUAUUCUGGCCCUUAGCACCGAUCUAGCAGACAUGCGGGAGCGACUUGGCCGUAUGGUCAUCGGAACAUCGAGAAGCGGUGAUCCGGUCACCUGUGAUGAUCUCGGUGCAGGAGGCGCCCUGACUGCUCUGAUGAAGGAUGCUAUCAAGCCAAACUUGAUGCAGUCUCUCGAGGGUACUCCAGUCUUCGUCCACGCUGGACCUUUCGCCAAUAUCAGCAUCGGCAACAGCUCCAUUCUUGCUGACAAGAUGGCACUGAAGUUGACAGGCACAGAGCCCGACGAGGAUUACAAUGACAAGGCUGGCUUCGUCGUGACGGAGGCCGGUUUCGACUUCACCAUGGGUGGUGAGCGAUUCUUCAACAUCAAGUGCCGCACGUCCGGUCUUGUGCCUGACGUUGUGGUCGUUGUCGCGACCGUGAGAGCUCUCAAGGUCCACGGCGGCGGCCCACCAAUCGCUCCCGGCGCACCCCUCAACGCUGUCUACAAGCAAGAGAACGUCGACAUCCUACGCAAGGGCUGCGUCAAUCUGCGCAAGCACAUUGAGAACGCGCGCACCUACGGCGUGCCCGUCGUGGUGGCAAUCAACAAGUUCAUCACGGAUACGGAUGCCGAGAUAGCCGUCAUCCGCGAGGAGGCCAUUGCCGCUGGUGCCGAGGACGCCAUCCUGUCCAACCACUGGGCCGAGGGCGGCAAGGGUGCCGUGGACCUGGCCAAGGGCGUCAUCGCCGCGUCACAGAAGCCCAAGGACUUCAAGCUGCUCUACGACCUCGAGGGCUCCGUGCAGGCGCGCAUCGAGGCCAUCGCCCAAAAGAUGUACGGCGCCGCCAACGUCGAGUUCAGCGAGCUCGCGCAGAAGAAGGUCGACACGUACACCCGCCAGGGCUUCGGCAACCUCCCCAUCUGCGUGGCAAAGACCCAGUACUCGCUGUCGCACGAUCCUGACUUGAAGGGGGCGCCCAGCGGGUUCACCGUCCCGAUCAGGGACGUGAGGAUGGCGGCUGGUGCUGGCUAUCUUUAUGCCCUCGCUGCUGACAUCCAGACCAUCCCCGGUCUGCCCACUGCCCCGGGCUAUCUCAACGUCGACGUCGACACCGAGACUGGCGAGAUCGACGGCCUGUUCUAG